AUCCUAGACAGCCUCCAUGAGGGAGCAGGCCACAAAGGUCGAGCCGCUACCUAUGCCAAGGUGUGGAGCAGGUUUUACUGGCCUAAUCAGGUGAAGGAUGUCGAGGAGCACAUCAGGUCUUGCGCUGAAUGUCAGCACAGAGACUACCAGAGAUAUGAAGGGGAACUCACUAGCCCCGAAGUCCCCACCCUCUUCGGUCAGAUCCACAUCGACUGCACCAAGGUGGCGCGGAGAAGAGACAUGCCGCCAGGAGUCCCUACUGUGCUAAUUCUCGCAAGAGACAGCCUGACGGGGUGGUGUGAAGGAGCAGCCCUGCCUAACCAGAAGGCAGAGACUGUAGCCAAUUGGUUCUUGGGACAAGUGAUCCCAAGGAUAGGAUUGAUAGGACAAUGUACUGUUGAUCGAGGAACAGAGUUCAAGGGGCAGUUUCAGUCUGUCCUCGCCAAGUACCACAUUAAGCUCGUCCGC